GGCCGGGGCGGCGCAGGCAACAUCAUCAAAGAUGCCUCAAGUGGCAGCGUGCCACCAGCGCAGGACUUCUCCACACCAACCAUCAAGACCGACACCUACACGACGGGCCGUGGUGGGCAAGGCAACAUGGCAACCAACGACCCCACCAACCCUUCCCUCGCCCGCGCGGCCCAGGACGUCGAGGCGCCCGCUCACCUCGAGCAGGAACCGCGCAGCGGCUCCACGUACCACUGGGGCCGCGGAGGGGAGGGGAAUAUGAUGACGCUGGGCGAUGGGGCGCAUAAGGAUAAAGAGGUCCCAGGGCAUAAUCGGAGGGGUAGCUUUCAGGCGGUUGUGGAGAAGGGGAAGGGGAUGCUUGGGUUGGGGGCGAAG